AUGGCACUUAUAUAUAUUCUCCUCCUCCCAAUCUCCAUCACCAUCCUGGUCGCAUUCACCGUUUCACGAUUUCUCACCACCUCUGCAGCUUCCAAACACCGCUCACCGCCGCUGCCUCCAGGCCCUAAGCCAUGGCCCAUCAUCGGAAACCUCCCUCACCUCGGCAAGCAAGCUCACAUCUCCCUCCAACACUUCUCCCAGCUGUACGGCUCUCUCAUCUCCCUCCGCCUCGGCUCCCAGCUCCUCGUCGUCGCCUCUUCCCCCGUGGCAGCCGCCGAAAUCUUGAGAACCCACGACCGCCUGCUCUCCUCUAGAUACGUCUCCACAGGCCUGCCAUACGACAUGAUGGAGCUCGACCGCAAGGCCAUUGUUUGGGCUUCCAACUGCAGCAACGACCAGUGGAAGGCCUUCCGAGCAAUGUUCAGGAACCAGAUCUUCUCGACCAAGGCCAUCGAAUCUCAGGCCGCCGCCAGGGAGAGGAAAGCUGCGUGA